AUGCGAAAAGGUAACUAUGGUUUACUUUUUAUAUCUCUUCUAGUUUGUAUCGCAAUAUCAUAUUUGGUUAUAACAAAUUUUUAUAAUAAAAGGAAUAUUAACUAUAUGAUUAGGAAUAUUACUGAUUCAGCUGUUGAAAGUAUUGAACUUAUUGAAAUACCCGAUAAUAUUGAUAAUUCUACAACUGAAAGUGAUUUGAUAUUAAAUGAGGAUGUUGACUCUUUUAAAAAGCAACCAAUUCAAGUAAAUAGUGCAAAUAAUUAUUUAGAGGGAUUUCCAGAUAACAAUUUGUCAAUAUGUGACAUUGGAUUCGCAAUAUUAUCAGCUCCACAAUACUAUCAAAGUAGAAUAGUUGAUUUACAGAAUAGUUGGUUAAAACAUUUAUGCAAAUAUACAACUAGUAAUUUAGAUAACAACCAAGAUUACUCAGCAAAUUAUGUUUUAGUUGCAUCUGAAGAACAUCCUAACCUACCUACAAUGAUACCAGAAUGUAAUGAGAGCUAUGACAAUUUAUGUUGCAAAACUUUGGCCUCAUAUAAAUGGAUGCUUAAAGUUUGGCCUGAUAAAAAGUGGUAUAUGAAAUUAGAUGAUGAUACAUUUGUUAUUUUGCAAAAUUUAUUGGAUGAACUUAAAAUUUUUAACCAUUUAGAGAGCCAUUUAGUUGGUGGACAGAUUUAUCUAACACUUGAAGAUGCAAAUACAACAAGUACAUUAAGUUCAAGAUCCAAUAAUCUACCUUGGGCACAGCAUGAAGAUGUAAUUAAAGGAAUUCGAGGUGGAGCAGGUUAUCUUAUGAGUAAUUCUCUUGCAAAGUUAUUUGUAAAGAAUGGGAAAAGGUAUUUAGAUAUUUGCAAUAAUGGAGGAACAAGAUUUAAAAUGUUUGAGGAUGCUUCAACAGCCUUGCUAGUUACAGAACUUGCUGGACAAAAGGCAAUUAAACAUAUACCAGGGUUUCAUUUUCAUAAUCCACAAAUAUCAUAUCGUCUUGGUUAUAGUCGACGUAAUUUUAAGCCUGUUACAUUUCAUUUAAUGCAUCAUACUGAAGAAAUGCCAUUUUUGGACUAUUUACUUAAUGCUCCUGUCUUACCAUCAACAUAUUCUUGUAAUCAUCCCUCAAUAAACUUUUGUUUUUCACCUCACGACUUGCGUAUAUCAUCAAAAUAUUGGAAUCCUGUUUAUUUUGGACCACUAGAUACACCUAACUCUAAAAUACUUGGUAGUAAUGCUGUUAUUAGGCAAUUAUCUAUUGAUGAAGAUGAUAAUUUGAAUCUGGUGCAAGAUAAUAAAGUUACAUCUUUAGAAGAAGGAAUAAAUGAAGUGAUCGAUACAAAUCCUAUAGAUGAGACUGCAGAAGUAAAUAAUAUAACGCAGGCUUUUGUAGAUGAAACUCAAAUUGAUUCAAAUAAGAAUAUUGAUUUAUUAUCUGAUAAAAUAACCCAAAUAAAACCAAAAUCAAUUAGUACAAUUGAAUUGUUAUAUCCAGAAUAUAACCAAAAUAAAAUGAAUGAAGUCUCAGUAAGUUCUAUAUUUAAUAUAACAAAAAGUAUUCAAAUUCAAAAUAAUGAUGUAGAAGAUAUAUCAAGAUUUUAUUCUUCUCCUGAAGUUGAAACUAUCGAUACUGAUCAUCCAUGUGCAGAUAUUAUUGAAAAAUACUCAAAUAGAAUCAAGGAAUAUUAUGAAAAAGUAUUCAAUGGGAUUAAUGAAAUUGUAUUUGUAGGAUUUCCUGAUCAUCCUAAUCGUGGAGAUUCAGCUAUAUUUGUUGGUGGAUUAUUAUUAAUAGAAUCGUUAAAAUUACGUAUUAUAAAAGCAAUUCAUUUACUUAGAGAAUAUGAUAAAGUAGAAAUUUUGAGUAAAUUUACAGUUCCAGAAUCACAAAGAGCUAUCGUAUUUCAUGGUGGUGGUAAUUUUGGAGAUUUGUAUACCCAUCAUCAUAAAUUAAGGCAUGUAGUCAUGAGUGAUUUUCAUGAUUAUACGAUUGUAAUGUUCCCACAAACAGUAUUUUUCAGGAAUAUAACAAAUCAAAUGGCAACACAUGAUAUUUUUGUUCAGCAUCAAGGUAAAGUAUUUUUAGCUGCCAGAGAUACAAACUCAAUGGAUACACUACAAAAAAUGUUUAAUAAUGAAAAUAAUAAUAUAGAAAUAACUAUUCUACCUGAUUUAGCAUUUCUUAUUGGUGAUCAAAGAAAAAGAAGAGGUAUUCCUUUGUUAGAUUUAUUGAUUCAUUCUAGGAUGGAUAAUGAAGCUCCUCUACUUUAUAUUAAGAAAGAAAAAUUCAGAAUGAGCAAAAUUAAUAUGAAUGCAAUUAAAAAUAUGAUUAAAGAUAUUAAAGAUUCAAUGAUGAAUUACAGAUAUAAUAUAAACUAUCAAGAAGGAAAAGUAAGGUACAAUAUUAAUGAAAAGUGGUUUGAUUUUAUAACAAUACUAGUUGAUGAUUGGUUGUAUAGUGACGCUCAAUUUAAAGAUGUUGAAAGUGCAGAUUUUAUCGAAAAAUCUAUUUCAAGAACAUUAGAUGGUAUGGCAUUUUUAUCAAGAGCUCAAAUGGUCAUUACUAAUAGAUUACAUGGUCAUAUUUUGAUGAUAUUGCUUGGUAUACCACAUAUUAUUAUGGGUGAUUCUUUUGGAAAGUUGGCUCACUUUAGAGAUACAUGGACAUCUAACUGUCCUCUGUCUACUUGGCAUGAUGAUUUUUCUGAUGCAUUAUAUAAGGCUAUACUUGAAUUAUAA